GUGUGAGGCACUCGGUCGCCUACAAGUCCCACUUCAUGAAUGGCUUCAUUCAACAGUGCCGGGGCUGGGCAGAGAGCGUGAGCUAGUACUCCAGCGCCUGUUGCACUCUCUCCACCACUUCAGGCAGCAAAGAAGAUCACUCCUAGCCAGGGGAGAAGGCUCUGCAACCCCUCUGGCCACACCGCCUGGGUCCCUAACAUGUCCCUGAUGCUCAACAAUACCUAUCAAGGGGGGAAAGCCUACGGAUUACUGAAAGCCAAGCAGGAGGGGAGGCUGGAGGAGAUCAACAAGGAGUUUCUCUGUGACCCGAAGUUUAGCGAUGAAGAGAAUUUGGAGGAAAAGCUUGCAGUUUUUAAAGAAAAGUACAUGGAGUUUGACCUGAAUAACCAAGGUGAAAUUGAUCUCAUGUCUGUGAAAAGGAUGAUGGAGAAACUGGGUGCCCCAAAGACCCACCUGGAACUGAAGAGGAUGAUUUCCGAAGUGACCGGAGGGGUCAGCGAUACCAUCUCUUACCAGGACUUUGUCAAUGUGAUGCUUGGGAAACGGUCGGCUGUUCUCAAGCUAGUGAUGAUGUUUGAAGGGAAAGCCAAUGAAAGCAACCCCAAGCCUUCGGGUCCCCCUCCUGAGAGAGAUAUUGCCAGUCUUCCUUGAAAAGCCAAACUGGUCCGUUUUCCCAUGAUUCCCUUGGGCUGUACCCAGGGCUUCCUGCUUUCUCGCUUUUACGUCAGACAGUCUUAGAAAGCCACCACUGGCCUGCCUUAGCAACAAGAGGAAUGAUAAGGGAAGUUCCAGGGACCUUUCUCAGAAGAGUCCCCAUGUAGCCAUUUUUUUUUUUUUUUACAAACUGCAUCUGAAUAGCCAGCUCUGUCCCGCCCAGAGACAGGUCAGUAGCGAAGAACAAAAAUGUGAAACCAAAACCCACAAGGUAUUUUUCUGAAGAGAAAUGUCGCGGAUGGUUUCCCGAGGCACUAUGGAACGGGUUAACUCAAAUGCCAAAUCUCCAGCCACUGAAAAUCGUCCAGCCAAAUCAAAUAUUCUUCAAGUGGCCUUGUCCCCAAGUGAAGGCCUCUCCUGCCGCCAUUUUGAAUCCUGUCACACCUUGUUCGGCCAUGCCAAUCACUCCCAGGAACCCCUAGCGUCUGAGUGCCUUUCCCCAUUAUUCUCCUGUCUGGCUGCUUUCCGCUGCGCCAACCCGCUUCUUUGCCACUCGCAAGGAUCCUCCAGCUCAUCGCAGGUACAGUCUCUUUUCACCUACGCUAUCAGCCCUCUUGGAUGAACUUAUUUAUUGGCUAGAACUGAUUCAUCGUUCCCAAGAGUCCUC